UGAGAGAACACCAAGGGUUUGCAGAGUUAUCAAAAAAAGCAAAGGGUGGCUACUUUUUUUUUUAAAGAUUUUUUAUAGAUAAAUGAACACAGGACUUGGGCUUUGAAACAUUUUCAAAAUGUAAGUUUUAAAAAGCGGUACGCCAAUUGUGUAUUGUUACCAUUACUUUGCUAUCACAGAGAGGAAAAAUUCAGCUUGAAAUGGGUCUCCUCCUUCUCCUCCUCCCUCCUGCCGAAGCCAUUUAAAAGUCUUCUUCCUCCUCUGGAUUCAUCCUUGGCUGCUCUCUUCUCCGAGCAAUUGGAUAAUAAUCGACUGAGAGAUGGGACCUCAUACAGCAGUGGCUCCAUCUAAGGAGGUGAAGGCGGUUGCAGGAGGCGGAGGCGACAGAGGAGCCCGGCUGCGGAGCUGCAGCGAAGGCAGCCAAUACGUUAGGAGACCCAACAACUCGCCCUCCUCCCCCCCGCUCUACAGCCCCAAAUCAGUCCUGAAGAGACCAGUGAGCACAGAAGAGCUGCAAAGACCCGGAGGACCCUACAUCAAGAAAAUAUUCACAAUUGUGGCCGAUGCCGUGGGUUGGGGGUUUGUGGUGCGAGGAAACCGCCCGUGUCACGUCCAGGCUGUGGAGUCCUGGGGCCCAGCUGCCGCUGCUGGGAUGAAGGUGUGUCAGUUUGUGGUUUCGGUCAACAGUCUCAAUGUUCUCGAUCUGGACUACCGUGCUGUCAGCCGCCUGAUCCUAACGGGACCCAGAACCGUGGUGCUGGAGGUGAUGGAGGAGACGGACCACUGAGCGAUGACCGAAAAACACCGACAGAGAAGCUGAGAAACGGCUUUUAUGAAAACAGUUAUUAAUACGCGUGUCCUGUCUGAGGAUUUUACUUCAAAGGACUGCAAGAACACAGCGAUGAAACGGGAGACAACCUUGUAUGUAAUGUAACUUUCACAUCAACUUGUGUGUUGAACGGCAGCCACAUCCGCUGAAUAGAGCUUGUUGAGUUUUUGAAUAGCGCCGGAAAGCAUCGACUCUGAUCCACCGGUCUGUAGAGUUGGACUCUGGGGAGGAGAAUCUCUUGAUACCGUGCAGCAGACCAAUUAUUUGCAAGCAGCUUCAGCUAUCCGUUUCUGUAGAAGUCUAUGAGAAAGUGAAGCCACCUCUCACUUGAUUUAUUACCUCAGUAAACAUUUUCAUAAUG